ACAGAAAUCGGCCUAACACCUGUUCAUGAUACACAUUUUAUGUCCGUGGCGUUAUACUGAUGUUUCAGAGAAUCGCAAAAGCGAUGACCGACGAUUGCAGUGACAGACUUUGUUGGAAAAUUGCAAACCCCAAUUACCUUAAAUGAGUCAGAUAUAGUCACUGGGGAAUGGUCACAUAUCUGUUCAGGACAAUACACACUAGACUAGCCUACAUCUCCCAGAAUCCAAGAGUCGAGACUCUGCUUGUCCAGACCGUUCUGAUUGGUUAACGAUUUGACAGUCCUAGUCUUUUAUGUGUCUGGGUUACAAAUGUAUGGAGAGGGAAACAUGUAACGAAGAAGCAUUUGUUUUAAUUUUUACACGUUAACAUCUGUAAAUACCGUUGAAGAUGUUCCCCGGUGUCUUUUACGCGUUGCUGGCAGGGUUUCUUGGAGCCGUCGCUUCCUCGUCAGCCAAACUGUCCCUCGGAUCUGACUACCUGAAAGGGGUCUGUGAAAAUGGGCUCAAAUCAUGGGCAUCGGAUGAAAGACAUUUUAGGCAAGCCGACGAUACUACAGUUUGCGACUGGCUGCACAUACCACUCAGGCUGCUGUGUGGGGGAUUGCUGUUCACCUGCAAUGCUGUGAUGUGGACUUGCUUCGCUAAAGCACUCAGGUAUUCCUCCUCUUCAGCAAGAGCCACUGUGACCACUACAGCUUCCAACUUCAUAUCUUCCGCUUUCCUGGGGAAGUUGAUUUUUGGAGAAGCCCACGUAAUGCUGUGGUGGGUGGGCAUCUCUCUCACUCUCUCGGGACUCCUUGUGCUGCACACUGCUGCGCCACACGCUGGCGAACGAGCUGUCGUCAAGAAAGAGCAUUAAAACCCAACAGGACCAGGCCCCCUGAUGGAAACCAAAACAGACCCCAGCAAAACUGGAAACUUGGCCCACAUUGCAUCAUUGUACUUAUUCACAUCAGUCAUCUGAUGAAGGAUUUCAACCAGUUACGGUUGACAAUGAAUUUGUCUGCCAUGUUUUCCACCCAUAGGGUAAUUCAAACACUGUGAGGCAGGUUCAGUCUUGCAUUUCUUAGAAAAAAUAUUUUCAUAGACUGUUCAGUUGCUGUAGUUCUGUUAGAUUUUGUAAGGCCAUAUUUGAUUCAUAUGAAACUAAAGCCUGAUUUCCACAGGACUAAAAAUCACCACAUAAACAGGUGGUUUUGGAAUUUUUACCAACAUCAGUGAAAUUUAGUCCUGUGCGAACCGUCCAUUUCUUUUUAUCCCAGAUAAUUUUCUCAGAGGUCCUCUGAUUAUUUUACAGGAUAUCGGGAUCUUCUGUAAUAUUUCAAACUCAGGCAUCCUGUCUUUACUCCCCUGCAAAUCGACCAUGUGAGGGUAUUCACCUCAAAGCAAUACCAGCCUUGGCAAUAAACCAUAAUAUAAUAUUACAAUUAGUACAAUCUGUCCUAAGAUUCAGUAAAACAACGACUGGGCAUAACCAAAUUGGGGACCAGCGAAAAUGCAAAACGUAAUUGGCAAAAAAUAAAAACCAAAUGCUUUUAAUGGUGCAUCUGAAAAUAAUACAUGUCACUCAGAUGACAAAAUUAUUCUAGCCUUUGGAAAAGAAGGUUCUGUACAAUGAAAUUAGUUAUUUAAACAUGGUUCAUUUGUUUACAAAUCAUGCACAAAAGCGCCUUCUCUGGCCAUAACAUGUCAUUUCAUUUUGAAUUUACCGACUUUCCUUGAUGAAAACUAAUCCACGUCUGGGAGGUUACUAGACGUCCUCUGCUUUUGACCAACUCUGUGGACACCUGGUUUUUAGUCCCGUGUGAAUCAUGCUUUAGUUUGGUUUUAUUUAACAGGUAUAAUAGGUUCAUGCCUUAAAUUUAUUGCAUUAAACCUAACCUGGGUGUCAAAUACAGCCCAAUGAACAAUCUUCUAUCCACAGGCUCAACUUUUCUGAUAUUAAUAUCAAAAUUCAUACGUCAUUAAAAGGGAAAGAAAUACAGAGUGAGUUUGCUGAAUGCAGGCUACUAAAUGGUUUGCUUUUUAUCAGUUAGUUUACACUGGUUUUGGAUUGUCUAAAUCAAAUGCGUCCUUCAUGGUUUUUUUUACGUUGCCAUUUUUACAGUACAGCAGGGUUCUUGGUAAAAUUGGUAAAAGAAUGUAGCAGAGGCUUAAAGUCAAUCAUGGUGCCGGCUUCCCCUCACAUUUCGAUAGCGCACCUCAAUCCUGACCUGGACACCCAACGUAAUUCACUACUGGGAUUCUCUCAAACAGAGACUGACAAUUCGGCCAGACUGUGUCCGAUUGUGUGGUGGUAUUGUGAAGGAGGCUUUUGCCCAGUGGGGACUCGAUUUGAGACUCCCUUUCGCUUAAUGAGAUUGAGUCUUUCGCAGUGUCACUGUACAGCCUGUGUGUACUUAGACAUGCAUGGCUUAAUCUUUGAGACAUUUGAGACCUUAGGCUGCUGCCCCACUUACCUUUCCCAAUCUGUUCUGUACACCGCAGGCCUGCAGUGUAAGGCUAUCAAACCUGGUAGAGCUACAGCAAGCUAAAGUUGAAGUUGUUUUAUACUUCAUAUUUAUGACAGAGAACGCAAAAGUAGAUUUUUAAUGUAGUACUUCUAUAGUCUUUCUUAGAAUUUUGAGUUUUAACUUGAGGUUCUAAAAUUGUUGGACAUGUGUGAUUCAUUUUGUUUGUUUGUAUAGAGCAAGUCCUGUUCAGCAUGAAAUGUAGCACUUUGAUUUAAUACGUUACCAAGUUAAGUUACCUCCAGAAAUGUAUCAUCAGCCUAAACCAAACAUGUCCAAUUCCGAUUCUAAUACAUGUUGUUAAAGUUCUUAAGUUGGUAUUGGUUAUGCAAUAUUAGAAACAUCAGAACUUUCAUCUACCAAUCAAUAACCUCCAUUAGUUUCAGAUAACCUCUCAUUCAUAUUACCAACCAAAUGCAAUUUUCUGAAAUCUGAAAUAUUUUUGGGUUAUCACAUUUUUCCUCCCAUAUCUUUUUUUAAUGGUAAUAUAAAGAAAAUAUGCGAAUCAGUAACUUGUAUGUUUAAAUGUUAAAAUAGCAAUACAUGCACUGUUUACAGGUUUUUAAUCACAAUAAAACCCUAUGGCUCAGGCACUUCUUUGAACUUCCAGACUUCUAGAUCAGCUACCAGACUGUAAUACCUUAAUACUAAAAAAAAGUCAGAGUGGAGCAGUGCAAUUCGAGUGAUUUGAUUACUGAAUUCAAAAUGUGAAAUCAGCGUGAAGUGCAAGAUUGCAUUUGUUCCUCAAGAUUAGGUGUACUAUAGUACUGUCCAAAAAAACUUUUGUUUAGUGUUGUAUUAAUUAGGAAAUAGUAUGUUUUAAAUGGGAUGUCAACUACAGUUCUGUAAUUCAAGAAGGCAAAUAUCUUUGCUCAUAUCUUCUCCAAUAUAUAGUUGACAGAUCUUUUACACAAAGGGUGUUUUUUUCCCACUAAAAAUGCAAGAGUAACAACCAUGAUCUAAAACUCAACAAAUAUCCAAAUUAUUUAUGUAAUCAAUUCAAUAAAAAAAUAAUAUAUACAAUAUAUUAUAAAUAUUACAAUAAUAACUAAAAAUAAUUAGUAGUAGCUGACAUGGAAAAAUAUGUGCAAUCCAUACAGUCAACUCCCCUUACAGGAUUUUCUGAAGCCUUAGGGCAUAAAGUACUUUCCUUGGGGCUGGCGAUCAAUAAGAUCACUGUUGGGUCGCACAUUAAUAUAAUGACUAACUGACGGAUUGCUUACACAAAGCAUAGGACAGUGCCAGCAACGACUCCUGUUUGUGGCACAUGCAAAGUAUUCCUGGAAGCAAUUUAAGUACUGAUCCACACUGCUGAACACCAACAAAUCCCCCUUUCUAUGCAUGGUUUGGUGUGGUUAUCAUUUAUGCUGUCAUACUUUGAGCAGAAAGUUAAAAAGUGAGAACAAAAAGCAGAACAAAACAAUACUUAAAGGAAGGGAAGGUUUCUGCACGACUUGAUUAUCUGAACUCAAAUCAUGCCAGACCCCUUCAUUUCUUACUUGAUACCUGUGUAUUAAGAUAAAUAAAGUUGAACUGCUGUACAGUGCAAA